AUGGCGGACGUUGACCUGUUGAUUAAAAACAACACGGUGAAAGUGUUUGUUCACGAUACUCGGAAAUAUCGUGCAAAGGAGAUAAUUGACUUAGUGGAGGAGAAACUUGGUGAGGAUAGUGUACUGGCUUGUGUUCCUUGUAACGGUUCAUAUGAUGUUACUCUUGUGCAUAAGGAUGUUGCAUAUAAAUUGGUGGAGGACGGAUUAAUGGCAGACGGUAAAGAAGCGUAUUAUAUGGCCAAAGACUCGCCUGAAACAUUGCUGUGUAACGUCUACGGCCAUACCACGUUGAAAACACCAGUUCUCGUCCGAUCACUGAAGUUUAGCAACAUCGGGCUCGGUUAG